UGAAUGCUUAGCCAGAUUCUUAGCCAUGUUUACUUAUUUGCCUGAUGUGAAUUCUAAUUUGUUCAUUUUUUACUGUAUUUCAUUGUGUUAAACCACUAAAUCUCAAUGCAUUUCAUAGACUUCGACAGUAUUUUGCUGUUUAUAAAAAAUAACAAUUGAAACUGAGGAAAAAAUAUAUUGAAAUCAGAUUUCCAACCACACCCAGCCUUAAUACACAGGCCAGAAUGGCUGCUGCAUGCGCGUGUACCUGAGAGAAAACAUCUUCCCAACACAAACCACAGUUACUGAUUUGGCAGGAAGAGGCCCAGUUCUGGCGUGAUUACAAAAUCAAUGAUGCUGACCAGGAUCAUUCGUAAUUUACUCAUUAUGAAAACAGAUUUUAAUGACAUAUCUUUUUUAAUCAAUUAAUUUAGGGCACAUUUAAUAAAACAACACAAAACGUAACGCCAAUAUAGAACUACAGCUCUUUGUUGAGCGUAGUUGUACUUUAAAUCAAUUCUUGAAACAUCCCCAGAAACGUCAGUGCUACGUAAUGUUCCUAUACGAGCUUCCAGGCCUGUUGAGAAUAUUAUGUGCCUGUAACAGCAGCUGUGGGCCCCAUGCUUGUUUGGAAUCUGACUUCAGCACAGCGUCACUGUCAGUCCUAAAAAUAACUGAAAGGCAGGCAGCUCGUCCCAGUGACUUGGCAAAAGCUUUUCGCCGCGCUGCCCACUCCAUGUUGAUCCCAGCGCCCGCUCGGCUACAAACCGUUUUCUUGCUGGAAACGAGGAUGCGCCUAUAUUUCCCUUCUCUGCUUCUGCGGUAAGCUCUAAACUCCCCCUGACCUGACCUUCCCCCUCCAAAAGACGGUUUGGCCCACAUUUUGAACUGUCGAAGUUGACCAUGAUGCACAACGUGGACGACCUGGACUUCUGCCUGCCCUCCCAUCCUCAGAGCAUUCUGGAGGGCUUGCGUUCGCUCUGCUCCCACCCCAAACUGGUUGACGUGACGCUGAGCGCCGGCGGGCGGGACUUCCCGUGUCAUCGCGGCGUGCUGGCCCUCUGCAGCGCCUACUUCCACAGCAUGUUCUCGGGUGACUUCGUGGAGAGCAUAGGGGCGCGCGUGGAGCUCAGCGACGUUGAUCCUGACGUACUCGGCUGCCUGCUGGACUUUGCCUACACCGGCAAGCUGACCAUCAACCAGAGCAACGUGGAGGGGCUGAUCUGCACGUCCAGCCAGCUGCAGUUCCAGACGGUGAGGACCGCGUGCAGCCGGUACCUCCAGCACCAGAUCGACGCCACCAACUGCCUGGGGAUCCUGGAGUUCGGGGCGAUCCACGGCUGCCCCGAGGUGAUGGCCAAAGCGUGGGCCUUCCUGUUGGAGAACUUUGAGGCGGUGCAGCAGGGCGAGGAGUUUCUGCUGUUGGGACAGGCGAGGUUGGUGGCGUGCCUGUCCGACGAAGGGCUACAAAUCCGGACCGAGUGUACCCGCGUGGAGGCCAUUCUGAAAUGGGUCCGGCACAACAGUGAGUCUCGGCUCGACCACCUGCCUGAGCUCCUCGCCAUGUCCCGUCUGCCUCUGCUCAGCCUGGACUACCUGGCUGACACCAUGCUGAAGGACAGUCUGGUGCAGGCCUCUCCCAGUUGCAGAGAGGCGGUGGAAAAGCUUCACAGAGAGAAGAUGGAUUUGGCUCCAGAAUACGCAGACAGACUUGAGUCCCUGAGUCCGCAGCUGAACCUGCAAGAGGUGCUGUUGGUGGUGGGAGGUCGCUCGCUGGAUGACUCGGACGACUCUGAGGACGAAGACGAAGAGGACAGAGACCCGAGACUGCUGCACAGGAACUGCGCCUUCUACAACACAAAGACAAAACAGUGGCAUGAGCUCCCUAAUUUCCCCAACCCUAACAAGUGGGGUUACGCCCUGGUCUCCCUGAACAAUGACGUGUACGUCACGGGGGGCUCGCGCGGCUCGAACACCAACACCUGGUCCACCACAGAGACCUGGAAGUACAUCACACGAGAGGGGAGGUGGGUUACCGUGGCACCCAUGCUCCGGCCUCGCACCAACCACACGUCGGCAACGCUCAACGGCGAGAUUUAUGUCAUUGGAGGUACAACGUCGCAUCGCGUUGAAGUCGAGCAUUACGACCCUUACAACGACACCUGGGCCUUGAGUUGCCCCGCCUUGAAAUAUGUGACCAACUUCACCGCCACGGCCUGUCAUGGGAAGCUCUACGUGAUCGGCUCGUGUGCUGUGAAAUACAAUGCUUUGGCCAUGCAGUGUUACAACCCUGUUAUAGAUAGCUGGAUCAGCAUAUGUUCCCCCUUCAUCCCUAAGUAUUUGUCCUCUCCUCGUUCUGUCUGCGUGGAUGGAACUAUAUAUCUGAUUGCUGACAACACGAAGAAAGUCUUCGCUUAUGAUCCAGAGGCGAACAUGUGGCAGAAGGUCCAGCUACUCCACAUGCUCCAUGAGAAUGGCGGCCUGGUAACGCUGGAUGGGAAGCUGUUUGUCACCGGAGGUCAUUGGAAGGGUAUGGAGGGGGACUACGGGGUGGAGGUGGAGGUUUACAAUCGAGCGGCCAACACCUGGGAGGUGGAGUCUUUCCUCCCGAGACUUUGGUUCUACAGUGGAGCGUCCACCAUCUUCCUGGAUCCAUCCCAGUGGCCCCAGCUUUUCCCCAUAGACGCGACAUAAAGGGCUCCUGUCCUGGUGGGACGAAACUCAGGGUCCAGGAGCGCGCAGAGACAUGUUCUGAUCGCAACUAUGUUACAAUGCGAAUGGAAGGUUUAUUAUGGGAUGCCAUUGUGCCCUAGAAUAGUGUGAUACAUGAUCCUCAGGUCUUCUUGGCUGUUUUUAGAGUCUUGCUUGGCUUCUUAGCUGUUGGUUAUUUAUACUUUGUACCAUGUGUUUUUGUUUGUACUUUUUUGUGUUAUUGAAUGCUGCUUGUGAUCAUUAAAUCUUUGCAGAGCAAG